CGUGCCUGCGGUGCUCAACCCUUCGCAGCGGCAUGAGCAGCGCCCCUGUGCCGGGCGCCGUGCCCGCCUGUCUCACGCUCUGGGAUGAGGAGGACUUCCAGGGUCGUCGCUGCCGUCUGCUGAGCGACUGUGCGAACGUCUGUGAGCGAGGAGCCCUGCGCAGGGUGCGCUCGGUCAAGGUGGAAAACGGCGCAUGGGUGGCCUUCGAGUACCCCGAUUUCCAGGGGCAGCAGUUCAUUCUAGAGAAGGGAGAUUAUCCUUGUUGGAGCGCCUGGAGCGGCAGCAGCAGCCACCACAGCAACCAACUGCUGUCUUUCAGGCCAGUGCUCUGUGCGAACCACGGUGACAGCCGUGUGACACUGUUUGAAGGGGAAAACUUCCAGGGUGGCAAGUUUGAACUCAGUGAUGACUACCCAUCACUGCCUUCCAUGGGCUGGACCAGCAAAGAUGUGGGUUCCAUCAAAGUCAGCUCUGGAGCGUGGGUGGCCUACCAGUACCCAGGUUACCGAGGCUACCAGUACAUCUUAGAGCGGGACCGGCACAGUGGGGAGUUCCGUACCUACAGCGACUUUGGCACACAGGCCCAUACUGGACAGCUGCAGUCCAUUCGAAGAGUCCAGCACUAG